AUGAGUGAUCAAUACACGCUGUACAUCGCCACCGUUACGCUUCCAGAGUCUGUAACAGAGUUCAAGAUGUUGUUCUCAUCAUUUGCCUUGUUUUCUGUUGCAUUGCCCGUCGCGUUGGGCCGCUCGCUUAUAGAAAGACAGAACUACUAUGUCGACGUCAACACCACCAAGUACUGCACAUGGUACUAUGAUAAUGAUGGCGCCAACGACUGCACCACAGUCCUACGCCUCUGGGAUGUCACCCUUGAAGCCUUCAUGAGAUGGAACCCUUCCAUUACCGCUGGCUGCGGCAACUUCAAGACUAGCCAGUCCUACUGCAUUGAAGCCUUCGGUGAACCUCCCGUCACCACCCAGCCACUCCCUACGUUGCCAACCACCACGGCAGCCAGCUCGACUGUUAACCCUCCUACUACCACUACUACUACCAACCCCGGCAAUGGCAUUGAGACACCCCAACCCACUCAGGCUGACAUGGUGAAGAACUGCAACAAGUUCUACUUUGUCAAGACUGGUGAAGGCUGCAGCAAGAUUGCCAGCUCCAACGGCGUCAGCGUUGCCGACAUUUUUGCCUGGAACCCGUCGGUCGGCGCUGACUGCUCGGGCAUGUGGGCCGAAGUCAACAUUUGUGUCGGCAUCAUUGGUGGGCCCACUGCCGCGCCCCCGACUUCCACAGCCCCGAGCAACGGCGUAGAGACUCCCUCUCCUAUUCAGGACGGCAUGGUGACCAACUGCAACAAGUUCCACUUCGUCAAGUCGGGUGAUGGCUGUGCGUCGAUUGCCAAGACCUACAGCAUCAGCGUCUCCAACUUCAUCACCUGGAACCCGGCCGCGGGCACAGAUUGCACCGGACUAUGGCUCAACACCUAUGCCUGUGUCGCCAUCAUCGGUGGCGCACCCGCCCCUACCACCACAACCACUGCUGGUAACGGCAUCGCCACGCCGACGCCGACCCAGCCCGGUAUAGUCAGCAACUGCGACAAGUUCCAGUUCGUGGAGAAGGGCUCGACCUGCGCCACCAUCGCCAAAGCCCAUGGCAUCGCCGUCUCCCAGUUUGUCAGCUGGAACCCUUCGGUCAACAGCGACUGCUCCGGGAUGUGGGCCGAGGUCUACGUGUGCGUCUCCAUUAUCGGCCACACGCCUCCCACUACUACCACGAAGCCGGGCAACGGCGUCGCCACCCCCACCCCGAUCCAGGACGGCAUGACCACGAGCUGCAAGACAUUCCACUUCGUCCAGUCGGGCGACAACUGCGCAACCAUCGCCAAGGCGCGCGGCAUUAGCGUUGCCAACUUUGUCAAGUGGAACCCGGCUGUUGGCACCAGCUGCACCGGUCUUUGGCUCAAUACCUACGCCUGUGUUGCUGUCCUCUAA